GAGGCGCGCGGGCCCGGGGGAGGAGGAGGAGGAGCCCGCGACCAAGAUGGCGGCCGAGAAGCUGCGGAGCAGAGUGGGCGCCGCCUUCCGCCUCCACGGGCUGCUGCUUCGCGCCGACGCCAUUAAGUAUCUCACCGAAUCUCUUCAGUCUGUCAGUGAAUUAGAGCUGGAAGAUGCCAUCGAGAACAUCAUUGAAGCUGUUGAAAAACAGCCUUUGUCAACCAAUAUGAUUGAACUAUCCACAGUGGAAGCAGCAGUCCAGGAAUGUAGCCAGUCAUUAGAUGAAACGAUAGAAAACGUUUUCAGUAUUAUCGGGGCCUUUGAUGUUCCACGUUAUAUUUAUAAUUCAGAAAGGAAGAAGUUUCUACCUCUAUCAAUGACUAGCCAUCCUCCACCAAAUUUAUUUGGAACCGCCAGGGAUAAAGCAGAGUUGUUUCGUGAACGAUAUACUAUAUUGCAGCAGAGGACUCACAGACAUGAGCUGUUUACUCCCCCUGUGAUUGGUGCUCAACCUGAUGACAGCAGGAACAAAUUCCAGCUUAAAACAAUAGAAUCUCUGCUUGGCAAUACAGCUAAAAUUGGGGAAGUGAUUGUUCUAGGAAUGAUAACCCAGCUGAAGGAGGGAAAAUUUUUCUUGGAAGAUCCUACAGGGGUUGUCCAACUGGAGCUUAGUAAAGCACAGUUCCACAGCGGCUUGUACACUGAGUCAUGCUUUGUUUUGGCUGAAGGUUGGUAUGAGGAUCAAGUAUUUCAUGUGAAUGCUUUUGGAUUUCCACCCACUGAGCCUUCAGCUACCACAAGGGCAUAUUAUGGGAACAUAAACUUUUUUGGAGGGCCUUGCUCAACUUCAGUAAAAGCAUCUGCAAAACUGAAACAACUGGAAGAUGAAAAUGUAGAUGCCAUGUUUGUCUUUGUUUCUGAUGUUUGGCUGGACCAAGCAGAAGUGUUAGAAAAGCUUCACACUAUGUUUUCAGGUUAUUCUGCUGCACCUCCAACUUGCUUUUUCUUUUGUGGAAAUUUUUCAUCUGCGCCGUAUGGGAAUAAUCAGAUUCAGUCACUAAAAGGUUCCCUGAAGACUCUUGCAGACAUAAUUUGUGAAUAUCCCAACAUUCAUAAAAGCAGCCGAUUUGUGUUCGUUCCUGGCCCUGAAGAUCCUGGUCCUGGUCCUAUUUUACCACGGCCACCGCUAGCAGAAUGCAUCACUCAGGAAUUCAAGCAACUGGUGCCAUUUUCAGUUUUCACUACAAAUCCUUGCAGGGUACAGUACUGCACACAAGAAAUCAUCAUCUUUCGUGAAGAUUUAGUAAACAAGAUGUGCAGAAACUGUGUCCACUUUCCUAGCAGCAACUUGGAUAUUCCUAACCAUUUUGUAAAGACUAUCGUAUCUCAAGGACACCUGACUCCACUCCCACUUUAUGUCAGUCCUGUAUAUUGGGCUUAUGACUAUACCUUGAGAGUGUAUCCUGUGCCAGAUGUGAUUGUCAUUGCAGACAAAUACGACCCCUUCACUGUCAACAAUGCUGACUGCAUUUGCAUAAAUCCUGGUUCUUUCCCAAAGAGUGGAUUUUCAUUCAAGGUGUUCUAUCCCUCCAGCAAAACAGUUGAAGACAGCAAACUACAGGAUCUUUGAGACUUCACUGACAAAUGAAGCAUUCUGUUCCAACAUGCUGCAAUACUAUUUUUUUGUUUGAUAUGGAUUCAUUUUAUAAUAAUUUACAUAUUCUGUACUGAAUGCCAGCAUUUUUGUAAAUAAAUACUUGCAUAAAAUAACUGUUUGAUAGGAAAAUUAUGAUUGAUAGGAUGCCAUCUGAAUUCAUAUAGACCAUAGGGGUGGUAGUUCAUAGAUUCAGAGAUAUUAGGGGCUGGAAGGGACCUCUUGAGAUCAUGAGAUCCAGCCCCCCUGUGCUCAAGCAGGAAAGACUGCUGGGGUCAGAUCUUUGCAGAGGGCUGCUCUCUCCUUCCAUACUGAAUCCUCACUGGAUUAGCCACUCUGAAAAACUGGGAGAGGCAAUCUAGAGCAGGGGUGGCCAGAGUUGCUGACCCUGGGAGCCACAUCCAAUCCUCCACUGAAGUUCAAGAACCAGAGACUGGGAGGGGGCAAGGGGAGGGAUGCCGAGCGACCUGGCUUUGUUCCCCCCUGCUCCUGCCAGCAGUCAUUAGGUGCUGGCAGCAGGAUCGGACUCCUGCUGCUGCAGCACGGAGCCACUCUGGCUUUCCCCAUGUGGGGCAUGCUCCAGGGUAAGUGGUGCAGCUGCAGCCCCUGCCCCAGCAGCCUGGCACCUGAGCCUGCAGUGCUGGAAGUGGGUGGGCUUCACCCUAUUUCUAGAGAGCCACAAGUACCAUGCCAGCGCACAGUUUGGCCACUAUAGACUUAAAGGGUGCAGAGUCAUUAGCCUCUCUGCACAGAGCAGGCACAAAUUGAAGCAAAAAUGUAACUGAAAUAGAUCUCAUUUUCUAUUCAUUCAAUGUUUCACUCAGAAUUAAUGUGUCUAAUGCAACGUUAUGUACGCUUUCAGUAUUUUGCAUGACUGUUUAUAGAAUAUAAAAUGUAAUGG